GCAACGAGCACUGCGAGCGUCUUCAAGGGUUCUUUGUGCAUCUGACCUUCCUCUUCCUCUCCCCAAUGCCCAAUUACCCCCUCCCCCUCCUACCGUCCGGAAACCACCGGGAAACAUCCCAUACCCACGCACCACUUCCUCUUAACCCAGCCCAUAUACCCUACAUACCACAUACACCUGGGUGCUGCCCUUUUUUUUUUGUCUUUUUGUUUUUGUUGAAGGACAAAAAUGCAAGCUGUCUUCUCCUCAUCAUAUGGGGAACUGCUGCUUUUCUAUGUACUUGGGUUAGGGUCGUCGACUAUAGCAGGAGGCCAGAGCUAUCCUAUCCUACAGUACUACCUACCCCGAGCUAUGUACUUGGGUUAUAGGGUCCUAGGCUAUAGCAGGAGGCCAUCUAUAUUUACUACCCCUUUAAGUCUACCAGCUAAGAGCUAUGCUACUGUACUACCUACGCCGAGCUAUGUACUUGGGUUAUAGGGUCCUCGACUAUAGCAAAAGGCCACUCACUAGAGUCACUACCCCUUUAAGUCUACCAGCUAAGAGCUAUCCUACAGUGGACGACAGAGCAACCUAUAGGUACGGUAAAUGUGCUACCCUAAAUCUACCCACUAAGACUGAGCUACGCUAAGGGUUAUGGGUUGAGCCUGUCCCCUCAGGGUUGAGCCCAUCCCCUCAGGGUUGAAACUAACCCCUGGCAAGGAAUGGAGGGGACUUCAUUCACGAUGUAUCUGGCCUCCCUGGUUGGUUCUGUUCAUCUUCAUCAGCAAUUCUUGACGGCGCUCGUGUUUUAUUAUGGGUUACCGGUUCCACAAGCCACGUGGCGGCGUCUAUGGGAUGUUCACCCAUCCACCAUUGAUCACAUUGGCUGGCUCCGUUGAUGGGUCAACCAAUGUUCACCCAUCCACCGUUGAUCUCAUUGCUUCCAAGGGUCUGUGAUGGCGACAUCGACGAGCACAACGAGCAUCUUCGGCGGUUCUCUUCAGCUCAUGCAUCCUUGCUUCCAAGGGUCUGUGAUGGCGACGUCGAGGAGCACAACGAGCGUCUUCGGCGUCCAUCUUUCUUGGCUGGUUGUGUCCUCUUCAUAAGCCAUCCUUUACUGUACGUGUCCUCGGUGGGCUCUCCGUCUGUAUGAAGGCCAUCCGCAUCCCGUGUAUCUUAUCGUGCACAUGCAUGAGACUUCAUCUCUCCACAGAUCUUGUCUUGACGAAUUGGGUUGUAGACCCCCCGCCAAGGGUUGGCAGGACAAGCCCUGUUCUUUGUUCUCCAAACGUACUCUUGCUCAGGUGCGGAAACGAAGUGCCCAAUGCACGUGCUGCUGCAGAUAUUGUGCGUGCUCAACCUGCUUUUGCACCGCCGAGGCCGGUGCCAGCAAACCCGCGGUAGGAAAAGCAUUGUGUCCUUGUAAAUACCAUAUCAUAAAUGGUAAGCCACAUAGCAAGCAAAAAAAAAAAAAAAAAAAAAAAAAAAAAAGAUGGUGAGCCACAUAGCAUUUAGUGUGAGCAGUUAGUUGUCGCUGGGCUCGCUUUCAAGCAGCAAAAGGCCCAAAGCAGAAGGCAUGCCAACUGUGCUGUUUUGUUGCGGGUAUUGAGGUGUCCAUCAUUUUGUGGAGUGGAUAUUAUCCACCUCAGCAAGCACAUGGACAAUCAUCAAUGUCCGCGGCACGGGAAGAGGGGGGAGGGCGGGGGGGGUAGGGCGGGCUAUCUGGAAGCAAUAAGUAAGUCAUCUGUCAUAUGAAUACAGACAGCUUGAUAGCUUCUUUUCUCUACAUUCAGCUUCUUGCUACUCACAGGAAGUGAAUGUUAGCUGAGACUUAACUGAGCGACACACACACAAAAAAAAGAAGAAAUGGACGUGUGAAACACGUCAACAGCUAGCAACAAUGCAUUGUCGCCGUCUUCUUCCAUAGCGUAUAGACAUUCUGGUUGUGUCCAUGUUAGUCUGUGAAAGAUGUGUUAAAGGAAGACCCCUGCUUGGACACCUCCCCUACAGUCUGCAUGCAAGCUUGCCCUUUGC